CCCUGGAGUACGGAGCGGUGCCCCGGCUGGGACCCGGCAGGGCUAGGCAGGGCAGCGGCGGCAGCUGCAGCAUUUCACAAAGGCAGCUGCGGCGCGCGCCGGGGGGCGCAGGGAACCCGGCAGGGGGAGCCGCGGAGCGAAGGGCGCCGCUGCUGCGGGGCAGGGAGAGGCAGAGAUCCGGAGCGGAGCGCCCGGCGCAGGAGGAGGCGAGCUGCCCAGAGCCCCGUGCAAAGAGGGGGUCGCAGAAGCCGCAGGUCCCCAGCGGGCUGGGGGCAGCGAGGGGGCUGGACAGCGGCGCCCCGGCUCCACGGGCGGCGGGCGCUGGUCACCCAGCCCGAGCCCUGGUGCAUCGCGCAGAGCCGACCCCCUGCCCAGCCUCGCCGCCGGCCGUCCCCGCAGGGCUGCGGGAGAGGGACAGCUGCGCGCCGGGGCUCAGCGGCGAUCCCGGGAGGCACCAUGCGUUGCCCGCUCCUGCUGCUCGUCCUGCUCUGCUGCAGGGGAGAUGUCAUUGCAGAAAGUGACAUGACUGCAGCUUCCACCACAAGUGCCCCGUCUGCCGAUGCCUCCUCCCAGGGCAGCCAACCCCCCACUGAGACUACGGGUGCCCCAACCCCCUCUCAAACCUUGACCCCCACCAAAGCUGACACCUCACCCUCCUCUGGCCCUGGCAUCCUGCCUGCUGCCUCGACUUCCACCAAUGCCCUGUCUGGUGUCAGCACCCUGCUCCCCACCACCUCUGGUACACCAGGCAGUGCCAGCGUCCCAUCCUUCACUGGUGCUGGAACAUCACCUGGCACCGUCCCUCCAUCCCCCGCCGGUGCCCCAUCCCACACUAAUGCCACCACUCUGACCCCUGCCACCACUCUAUCCCCUGCCACCACUCUGACCCCUGCUGACACCAGCACCCUGCCUACUAAAGCUAGUGCUACCUCUCAGAGCACAGCAGCGAUCACCACCACCACCAGCUCUGCAGACUCCCUCACCGUCGGUGCCCCCAGCUCCCCGGCUGCCCCUGUUGCCCAUACCCUCAGCUCCGCAGCCACCCCCAGCUCCAUGGCCACCCCAGCUGCUCACACGGCUGUUACCCCGAGCUCUACCAUCGCCGCUGACGUCCCCAGCUCUGCAGACACUGGUCUGGCAGCCGCGUCUCCAUCUCAGAAGCCCCAAACAACAGCAACUACUACAGGAAGCAGCUUAGGUGUUAAUACAGACAAGGAACGUACCACCCAGAACCAGCCAGUGAAACCUGUAGCAACUACGGAAAGUGCUACCAAACCUACGGAAGCUGCAGUUGCAACCACACAGCAGUCUGGUGUUGUAUUACAGCCACCAGCCUCAAGCUGUGGAACUGUGAUCUCCAUUAUAAAGAAGGCUUCGCCGAGCCGCCCCACUCCAGCUCCUAGCAGGGAAUCCAAGCCCAGUGAUUCUCCGCCCCCAAAUAAGAUCGUUUGUGAGGACCAGAACCUGUCCAACGACUCAGCAAUCAUUCUAACCCCGAACAAGCCUAUACACUGUGACAGCCCUGUGGAUCCCUCCCUGCACAACAUGCUCUGCAAAGCCGUGAAGGCCACGUUCAACCAGAGCCGAGACAUCUGCACCGUGAACCUGAUCGCCACUGGGAACCCCCCCAACAGGAUUGCUGUGCUCGGUGUUUCUGUGCAAACCAAAGCCGUGCCCAAGGAGCUGUUUGAACUGCUGGGGACGAAGAAGGGAGAGCUCCAGCAGCUUGGCAUUGGCAACGUCACCUAUGCCGACAAGCGGCUGGAGGAGGAGAACGAAGACCGGUUCAGCAUGCCCUUGAUCAUCACCAUCGUGUGCAUGGCCUGCUCCCUGCUGCUCGUCGCUGCCAUCUACGGCUGCUGCCACCAGCGGGUCGCCCGUAGGAAGGAUCAGCAACGCCUGACAGAAGAGCUACAGACCAUGGAGAAUGGCUACCAUGACAACCCGACUCUGGAGGUGAUGGAGACCUCCUCAGAGAUGCAGGAGAAGAAGGUGAACCUGAACGGGGAGCUGGGAGACAGCUGGAUAGUCCCCAUGGACAACCUCACAAAAGAGGAGCUGGAGGGAGAGGAGGACACGCAUUUAUAAGUGACAUGAAACUCUACCAGCAGAACAAAACAAAACAAAA